UGGAACUUUUACUGGAUCGUUCACCUUUCUGUCAUUGCCCAUUAAACCAACAUUCUUUGAAUAUCUUUGGAGUGUUUCAACUAUUCUUUUAUUGACACCCAAUAACCUGUAACGUUUGUUGGAAACCGGCGGAACAAGUUUCAAACAAAAUCACUGCACAUUUGCAAGUUUUAUGAGCUUUACUGAUAACCUGCUUCUCGAAUCUUGAACUUCGUUCAAAGGUCAAUGGAGGACCUUUCGAUAGCGACGUGAAUUAACGAGGCAGUAGCAGUUCAUUAAGUUGCCGUUAUUAGCGAACAUUCACAAGAGCUUAUUUUUUGUAACAAUAAUGGAUAUUACUCUGAAACCUCCGAAUUCAUUGUCACGACCAUUGUUUGUACCACAAAAAUUACUGAUGGGGCCAGGACCAACCAACUCAUCUCCAAGAGUUUUAAAAGCCAUGGGGCUUCCUAUUUUGGGUCACAUGCAUAAGGAGUGUAUAAACGUAAUGGAUGAAAUUAAAGAAGGUCUUCAGUUUGUUUUCCAAACAAAGAACCCGGUGACAUUGGCCAUAAGUUCCUCAGGACAUGGAGGGAUGGAAGCUGCAAUGUGUAAUCUAAUUGAACCUGGUGAUACAGUUCUAAUUGCUGUCAAUGGAAUAUGGGGAGAAAGGGCAAGUGAUAUAGCACAUCGAUAUGGUGCCAAAGUAGAAAUCUUAAAAAAAUCCCCAGGAAAAACAUUUACUGUUGAUGAAUUGGAAAAAUCUAUAAUAAAAUAUAAACCCAUUCUCUUCUUCUUGACACAAGGGGAAUCAUCUACUGGAGUAUAUCAAGCACUGGAUGGUUUUGGAGAAAUCUGCAGAAGGAACAAUUGUUUAUUUGUUGUUGACACAGUUGCGUCUUUGGGUGCUGUUCCUGUUUUUACCGAUCUCUGGAAAAUUGAUGUGGUGUACAGUGGUUCCCAGAAGGUACUUGGAGCGCCUCCAGGAUUAGCUCCAAUUUCAUUCAGUUCUCAAGCUCUUAAUAAAGUAUAUGCUCGAAAAUCACCCAUUUCUGUGUUCUACUGGGAUAUCACCAAAUUAGGAAAUUACUGGGGUUGUUUUGAUGAGGCAAGAAUAUUGCCAACAGUUACUACAAUACGUUCUCCUCCUGAGAUAAAUACGAAGCAUGUAUCAAAUUAUGCUAUGGAGAGAUACAAUGUGGAAAUUUCUGGAGGACUCGGUCCGUCCGCUGGGCUAGUUAUGAGAAUUGGAUUGAUGGGAUAUAACGCAAAUUUCUCUAAUGUUGACACUGUUCUUAAUGUGCUGCAAGAAGCUAUGGAAUAUGCCAAGCAUAACAAGUCUAAACUAUAGAAUCUCACGAAAUGCAAAGACUGAUCUAGAUAUGUGCAGUAAUUUGAUUGGUAUUAAUACUUUUUGCAUGAAAAUCAGUGAAAUAGUUGUUGCAAGUUGCUUAAACAUUUUAUACUCAGUACAAAGGAACAAUAACUAUUCGUAAAGUGAUAGUAAUUUUUUUUCACACAGAAAACUUUCUUUUGUUUCUAAAUUUUACUACAUUAUAUCGAAUUAUUUAUGAGGUAUAAAAUGUGUUGUGUGUAUAACGCAGUUAAUACGGUAAUAAAUUAUUUUUAGGCAUUAUACAACUCAAUAAAAAUACAGUUAGAGGAAGUUUAAAUCAACAUUUGCGUAAACAUGAUUGAUGAUUUAUGAUUUGGGUAAGGCUUUUUUCUUUGUAUCUUUGUAUGGACAUUGGCACAACAACUCCGUAAGGAGCCAAGAGAGGACUUGUCUUUAGUAACAUUUAAUAAAAAUAUACCUAAUAUAUACUUUCUGAAUAUACGAAAAAGUUACAAAAUAUUUGAAGAUUUCAUGUAUUUGUAGUGACUGAAUUGAUUGGUAAUUGAUUUGUAAAAUUGAAAUUCAAUAUUAAAGAAAGCAAACUGUUGUAGCCCUUAUUGAGACAAAAUUUUUCUAUUCGCUUUCGCAAUAUUCUUUUGUAAUACUGUUAGCUUCACAAAUAAAUCAUUUUUUGAAGAUU